AUUGCAAGUCCGACCGACUCCUGCGUUUGUUUUUUAUAACUCCUCUUUUCUUUUUUCUUUUUUUUUUUAAAUAAACGCAGGCCCCCCAGAUUCUUUAAUCUGUGAAAUUACAGUCAUAAUGUGAGAUUACGCUCCGCUGUUACCCGACCCGUCGCUGAGGCUCGUCCAGUCAGGAGCAGCGGCUCGCUGUUGGAGGAUUACCAGAGAUAAUACGCAGCAGACUCCUCCGGUGCGCGUUUAGCUGUCAAACUGACAGCGAUGUGUCAGGAGGAGUAGUUAGAGCGCCUCGGUUUGGGUUUAUUCACUUUGCUGCGCGCGUCCUUUCUCCGCUGCCUUCUGGAUUAUCGCUGCCCAGCAACAACACAGCCACCUGACAACUCUGAAUGUCGUAAUUAAGGUGAAUCGAUGAGCCAGAAAUGGAGACCAAAGGAUACAAAAGUUUCUUUGAGGGGAACGACUCGGAGAACAAAUGGUCUCAAGCCCCCAGCACAAUGGAGUACUCCUGCAGCACUGAGGACUCCAGCCUGACUAGCAGCGACAUCCUAAUGGACGUGGUCAAUGUCAGCUGCUCUGCUGGAAGCCUGGCAGCCGACAGCAAAGACAAUAAUGCUGAGAAGCAGGAGCAGCCAGCGCUUCAGCUCGGCCAGAACCAGCCGUUUGUUCUCCCACACUUCAACAACACCCUUCACGGUCUGAAACAGGAAAUGGACUCCAAGGAGCUUUCCAAGACAGUGGCUGAGUCUAUGGGUCUGUAUAUGAACGCUGCCAGGGAGGCGGACUUUGCUUUCAGCCAUCAUGGAGGCAGCACAAGCCCAGGGAAACCUUAUCCGCGAUGUGGGCGCUCGCUGGACGAGAACCAGUGCGGCUCCAAAAAGAGCCCAAACUUGAAGCCAUUUGGUUUUCAACAGCCAGGCGCCACUCCCAGGGAAUGCAUCACCGGGACUUCAACAGGCUCAGCCUCAAUGCUGGCGUCCUCCCUGUCCUGCAGUCCACAAACCUCCAGCUGCAUUUCCAGCCCUGGAGGCAGUAACAACAUGGUGUCAUCUACAACCAGCCCUACAUGCUUCGGACCACUAUGCUCAUCUGUCAGCAGCCCUGGAAGCCAGACGUUGUGUGCUGCAACUUUAGCCAACAUCAAAUGCAGGAAUUCAGUCACAUGUAGCCCUGUGGAGUCCAGCACAGUUGGAUCACCCCCACUGACCAGUCCACUUAAUGUUAUGAGGUCCCCCAUGUCCAGCCCGCAUAGCAUGAGUAGUGUGAGAUCCCCUCCAUCCUGCAGCACCACAUGCAACAUUAGGUCGUCUGUUUCCAGCCCCACGGGUGGCAGCUGCACUGCCGCUGCUAAUAACAGUAACACAGCAAGGCUGUCCCUCUCCAGUCCCUCCUCAGGGGGCCCUAUGGCUGCCAGCAGCCCUCAGAACCCCUCGUCUGUCAGCUUCCCUGUGUCAAGUCCGGCUGGCGGGCUCGGUCUGGUUCAGAAUGACACCAACAGUCCAGAAGCAGAAGGGAUAACCAGAGACACAGAUUUCAAGGACUUUGAGUUCCCUAAAGUGGAAAUGGUGGACGGGGAGGUAUUCAGUGUUGGGUUGGACCAGAUGGGCAUGGUUAAGUACAUUAAGAAUGAACCUGAAUCGGACUUUAGGAGCAUGUGUUUAGGCAGCUCCAAAUGUAAUGUGAGCAGCACACCUUUAAUUACACAGAUUAAGAGUGAGCCAAACAAAAACGAGGGCUGCAUGAACCAACAGCCCUUCGGUGAGCCGUCGCCUUCUCUUGGUCUCUUCCCUGCAUCUGAGACCACCUAUUUGUCCCUGAGAAAUAACAUCGAUGAGUACAGUCUCUCUGGGAUCUUAGGGCCCCCAGUCUCCUCUGUAAAUGGGAGCUAUGAGACAGACCUCUUCUCCAGCAGCAUCCUGUCUAAAGGGGUCAAGCAGGAGCCCACUGAUGGCAGCUAUUACCAAGAGAAUAACAGCAUGUCCACCUCCGCCAUUGUUGGAGUUAAUUCCGGGGGACACUCAUUCCAUUACCAGAUUGGAGCGCAAGGAACAAUGUCCUUUACACGGCAUGACAUGAGAGACCCGUCCAACCCUCUGCUGAAUCUAAUUUCACCCGUAACGGCGUUAAUGGAGUCCUGGAAAUCUCGGCCAGGGAUUUCACAGGGUUCGCUCUCCGCCAGGAGUGAGGGCUUCUCAGGCCAGAACUGCAUCGCCGACGGCAUGUCCAGCUCAGCGCUCAGGCAACCUUCCUCCACAGCCAAAGUGUGCCUGGUCUGCGGAGACGAAGCGUCCGGGUGUCACUACGGCGUGGUGACGUGUGGAAGCUGCAAGGUCUUCUUCAAAAGAGCCGUUGAAGGUCAACACAACUACCUGUGCGCAGGAAGAAACGACUGCAUCAUUGAUAAGAUCCGAAGGAAAAACUGUCCAGCCUGUCGGGUACGGAAGUGUCUCCAGGCCGGGAUGAACCUCGGAGCGCGGAAGUCUAAGAAGUUAAAGCUGAAGGGAGUCAGCGAGGACCUGCAAAGCUCCAAAGAUGGCCAGAUCGCCACAGGUGGCGCUGGAGGCGGCUACCUCUCCUCAGAGAAGGAGCUGAAUGCCAGCGCUGCCAGCGCCCUGGUGCCCCACGGGCCCGGCGUGGUCACACCUUUUCUGCCGCCCUCCAUCUGCAGCGUGUUGGAGCUGAUCGAACCUGAGGAGGUGUACUCCGGCUACGACAACGCGCAGCCGGACACAACCGACCACCUGCUGUCCAGCCUCAACCGCCUGGCUGGAAAGCAGAUGGUCCGCAUGGUGAAGUGGGCCAAAGUACUUCCAGGUUUCCGGGGUCUGCCCAUUGAGGACCAAAUCACCCUGAUCCAGUACUCCUGGAUGUGCCUGUCCUCUUUCUGCCUCAGUUGGCGCUCCUACAAACACACCAAUGGUCAGAUGCUCUAUUUCGCCCCGGAUCUCAUCUUCAACGAGGAGCGCAUGCGGCAGUCGGCCAUGUACGACCUGUGUCUGGGCAUGAGGCAAAUAAGCCAAGAGUUUGUCCGAUUGCAGCUGACCUACGACGAGUUCCUGUCAAUGAAGGUGCUUCUGCUUCUCAGCACGGUUCCUAAAGAGGGCCUGAAGAACCAGGCAGCGUUCGAGGAGAUGAGGGUGAAUUACAUCAAGGAGCUGCGGCGCUCUGUGGGAAAGGCCACCAACAACUCUGGCCAAACCUGGCAGCGCUUCUUCCAGCUCACCAAGCUGCUGGACGCCAUGCAUGAUCUCGUCGGGAACCUGCUGGACUUCUGCUUCUACACCUUCCGAGAGUCACAGGCCCUGAAAGUGGAGUUCCCUGAGAUGUUGGUUGAGAUCAUCAGAGACCAGAUACCGAUGGUGGAGUCAGGCCUCACUCACACCAUCUACUUCCACAAGAAGUGACCCGCUACAGGACCCGAACAAAAGGGGCAUUAAGAACCGGGAAAGACGAGGAGGAUGAGGUUCAGGGAAGAGGGAAGUUCAUGAGAAAGACCUGAACUGUCGGCCCUCACCCAGCCGCCCUCUACAGCGGUGACCUCGCCUCAGAUCGCGGCCAAGGCUGAGGGGUGAAGAGAAGGAUUCAACCCUGCAGUCAUCAUGAGCAUUUCAGAGCUGUGAAUAGUCAGAGACAUCAAACACGACACAACGAUCCUGACUUUUGACAAACGUGACAAAAACAUCCUGAUGAACACCCAUGCAACCCUGCCCCAAAGAUAAAAAAACAGUAUUCUGUGGAGAUAAAGCCAUACGUCACCUAGAAUACACCCAACAGUCACAGAUGGAAAACAAACACCCCGACAUGCCCUGCCGUACACGCACUGUAACGGGAUUCUUUAGCUAAUCCAGUCAAAAGUUGUUGUUUUUUAAUGCAAAUCUUAAAUCCAGCUUAUGCAGUCUGUAAAAAAUUAAUAAUAACACUUGGAAAUAUCCUGCUUAUACUAGAAAAUUAGCUCUGCGUGUAGCAGCAAACCCAAGGGCUAUACAGGUAUCACCAUUAGCUAAAUAAUCUCAUCAAUCUAACAAGUCCAAGUUUGAUCCACUAGUCUGUGUCGUGACAGCCGUUGACGACUCGGUUUUUAAGGUUAAGACGUGUUGUGAAACAAUCAAGACUAUUAUGCAAAAGCCCAAAGUUGGAGCUGUUCUGAAAUGAAUGAAUCUGUGCAGCGUGAAGAAAGCUGGAACUAUUCAGAGAUGUUGCGAAAAAAACAUUAUAUUGAUGCAACACUUUUACCUUUUCUGCAAAAAAAGAACUAGAAAAAAAAAACAUUAGAAAAUGCAUUUCUAGAAAAGAUUGGGCUGAAAAUGGGUUUGACUGAGGUGCAUCUAUUAGCUGUCAUUUGUGGUGUCUCCAGAGCAGCUGUCCAAACGGGGGGUUCUGACCCGUGAAACCAGCCCUUUGUGAACCAACGCUUAUCUCCUCUUCCCAGAGACAAUAAAACACAUUUUCUAGAAGGGUUUCUUGUUUUUGGAAAAGUCAGUCGUUCCACGUUUAGGUGCUUAAUUUCUACAGAGCUGGGCGACACCUGACAUGUACAGUAAUAGGUAGACGAUACCAUAUAUGGACACAAAGUUUAAACACACCUACUCUGUAAAGUUCAUAGUAUCCAACAUGGAGCAUUACUCUGCUAACAGCUAACACACCCAUACCAGACGAGUUUGUACAGGUUCUAACUCCUUACACAUUGAUGUACAGAAGAUGUUUGAAGGUAUGUGUUGAUGAAGAACAGAUUAUUCUACUGGAUUGGUCACUUUUUUUUUCCCUCCUGCUUUAUAUUAUUUCUUAUUAUUGUCACUCGGGUCUUUUAGACCAUUUUAUUGUCCUGGGUCCUGGUUGUGGGAAAAAAAAAAGCCACAGUGAUGCUACUGAAGAGUUGCAGGAAGAUAACGAGCAUGAUUGUUAUCCGGUUGAUGUGCCCUAAGUGUGUAUUAACAUGUGUUUAUGAAGUGUUUCUUUUUUGACCAGUAUGUGAUGAAUCUCUCUGCUCUUUAAGGGUGGGUUUUCCUGCUCACAUUUCUAGGUUUAGCCAUAUCUCAUUUCCACGUUGGGUUUGCACAGAGGAAGAACCAUGUGAAAUGAGGCGUUAGUGCAGCUAGUAUGGAGGGUUGGUUUAUAUUCCAUCACAGAGAGAAGGAGUGAAGGAUGUUGGCAGCCUAGCGUGGCGCUAGUGAGCUGCCAUACCAACGCCUCGCACAGCCGGUAUAGGUACCAGAACUGCUCGGGAGGUCAGAUCCGCUCAGGCCCUUCGCAUGCCAGUGACGUUACUCUAUAUAAUUGGCUGAACGUUGCCAUAUGCCAUAAAACAUUGUGGUUGCCUAGACAACGAUAAUAACAUAAUGCAGCAUCUGUUUGCAGAGUUGGGAGCAUCUGUAGGGUUAGUGUGUCUAAUGACUGAUAGAGUUCUACCAGGUUGAUAACAAAGGUGGAAAAAUAUGUUUAUGGUGAACAAAGUAACUGCAAGAACAUGAUAUAAAGGAGGAGAGCUGAGUAGAGCUGUGCCUAGCUGUGCUCAGUAGCUAACAGGUUUGCCUCUUUUAGCUCGGUCAGUUAGGAAUAUUAAGAUACACUACUUUUAACAUUGUGUCAUUAACAACUGUUCGUUUUCUACAAGUAGAAUAACUUUUGUUUUCUUUGUUUAAAAUCUUUACAAAGUCAUUUUUGAGAUGUUCCAUUUGUCCUUCCCUGUUCUCAGAUCAUAAUAAAAAGAAGAAUAAGAAGCAGCACUGAGACUUUUUGUGUCAGAACAGAGUCUGUCAUAGAAGCCAGUGUUUUCCUUCAACACUGAGAAUGAUUCUUUUCUGCUUUCGGCUACUUUAGAACGCCGAUGAAACUUAAAAUCAUAGCAAAUAUAGGUAAUAAUAUGGUGAGAAGAAGAGAUGUGAUUGUCAAGAAACGGGUUUAAUACAGUUUGUCCAAGUGGCGUUGCUAUAUGAUGAUGUCAUAAGAAAGGGCAGGACCCGGAGCAGAUCUAACCACCCGAGCAGAGUUGGUACCUACACCGGCCCAAGGCACAGGCGAACUAAACUGACCCCUAGUGGUGAGUUCCCACCAAACAUGAAUAAUGCGUGACAGAGCAAAGCAAUGCAGAGGACCAAUUGUUAUUGAGACAAAUCAAGCAAACAGAAACACAGAGAAAAUUUAGUUCAAAAGUAAAAAAAAAUCCAAAUUUUCUGUCAUUCACAUCGCGUCAUCCAAUCAGAGACUGAAUGUGGCUGUUUGGUAGGGUGAAGGAGCACACUCCACUUUUAUCCCAUUGCAUCCCCAAAGUGGGAUGACAGGUUUGAACCCUAGACAGAGGGAAGUACCGCAGGAAGCGACUGUGAUCCAGCUGCAGAUCUUGGACUUCCCGAACUAGGAGCAUCUCUAGAGGAUAUGUUGACCCGCUGAGGAAAGCUCUGCCUUGUCUGCACUAAUUGUUGGUGAAAUGACAAGCUACAGGAUGCAAAUGAUGUGCACAAUUUGCUGGAGUCAUGUUUGGUGAGAACGCACCAGAAAAGCUAAGAAUCUUUCCUUCUAGAUAUGCACCGAUCAUCAGCCGAUCUUUGCUCGACCAGGUCGGUGAAAUUUGGUCAUUCAGAAACGACACACCUGACAGAUUUCAGGUCAGCGAAUGCACUUUACCCCAACCCUACGAGGUGAUGCCAAUUAUUCCACUCUUUGGUGUGGAAGUUGUUACUGGGGGAGAACUCAAGCGUAGCAGUUUCUUUAUCAUAAGAAGCACAAAAGACAUAAAACUAAUAAAAAUAUAAGAAGUAUACAGUUAAUUAAACUUCUUUGUUGUUAGCCUUUGGUGAUGAACUAAUGUCUUCGAGGCUGGAAAGCCACAUUAUCAUCACCCUAAUCUUUAGGAAACAGUAAGAUCCCAAUUCUGUCGCUGAUUGGGCCACUCCAUAACAUUUCUG